AUGACGGCCAAUGGGAAUAUGCCAGCUUUCAAGCAGGGCGAAGUGCUUCGAUGGAUCAAUUCUGACGAGAAUGUACUCAGCGGUAUUACUGAAUUGAUGGAGCACACUUUCAUAGACUGUGAAAGGAGCAACGGCGAGGUUGUUGUCCUACCUUCCGAGUGUGCCCGAGUUCUUCGCGAUAAACUAGAAAUUGCCUACGUCUUGAACAGGCGUCCGCGGGCCGAACUUAUAGAGGAUUACAUUUCGCAAUCGCCAAAGGAACUGUAUCUUAAGGUAGUCUUUCUUGGGGCUUUUGUAAUUUUUAUUACUUUCUGA